CAAACAAGGUGGCAGAGAGGAGGCUGUCUGAGUGUUGGGAUGGGACAGCGCUUUGUUCAACAGUAGGGGAGGGCAGACGGGUACAGUUGCUUUGCCUGCCAGAAGCGUUAAACACAAUCUUCUUGGGGCGGACUAUCCUGUCUUAUCCUCGCCCAGCUUUGUUAUAACCUACCUUACAAAUACUUGACUUUUCGUGGACUCAGAGGAUUUCUAUCAAGGGAUGUCAAAGCGAGUACGAAGCAGAGAGGUCUGCGCUGAUUGCAGUGCCCCGGAGCCACGCUGGGCCUCUGUUAACAGGGGUGUGUUGAUCUGCGAUGAGUGCUGCAGCAUCCAUCGAGGUCUGGGGCGACACAGCUCUCAAGUCCGACAUCUGACUCAUUCUUCGUGGCCACCCUCCCAGUUACAGAUGGUCCAGACACUGUAUGGCAAUGGAGCAAAUUCCAUAUGGGAGCAUAGCCUUCUGGACCCUUCUUCUUCAGUGAGUGGAAAGCGCAAAGCAAACCCCCAGGACAGAGUUCAUCCCAACAAGACUGAGUUCAUCAAGGCCAAGUAUCAAAUGUUGGCGUAUGUCCAUCGGAUGCCUUGUCGGGAGGAUGACAGUGUAACCGCAAAAGACCUCAGCAAGCAACUCCAUUCCAGUGUUCGGACUGGAAAUCUGGAGACCUGCCUUAGACUCUUAUCUUUGGGAGCACAAGCCAACUUCUUCCAUCCAGAGAAGGGAAACACCCCACUACACAUAGCAGCAAAAGCAGGUCAGAUGUUCCAAGCAGAACUGUUAGCAGUUUAUGGAGCUGAUCCUGGGGCUCUGGACUCAAGUGGAAAGACCCCCAUUGAUUAUGCAAGACAAGCUGGGCACCAGGAGCUGGCAGAGAGGCUAGUAGAGAUCCAGUAUGAGCUCACUGACCGGUUAACAUUUUACCUUUGUGGUAGAAGACCAGAUCACAGAAAUGGGCAACAUUUCAUCAUUCCACAGAUGGCAGACAGCAGUCUGGAUUUGUCGGAGUUUGCAAAAGCUGCAAAGAAGAAGCUGCAGUCGCUAAGUAACCACCAGUUUGAAGAACUUGCCAUGGAUGUUUAUGAUGAAGUUGACAGAAGAGAAACAGAUGCUGUGUGGUUGGCCACUCAGAACCACAGCGCACUCGUAACUGACACCACAGUUGUACCCUUUCUGCCUGUCAAUCCAGAGUACUCAUCUACCAGAAACCAGGGUCGUCAAAAAUUGGCAAGGUUUAGUGCUCAUGAAUUUGCCACCCUGGUGAUCGAUAUUCUAACUGAUGCUAAGCGAAGGCAGUGGGGUAAUUCCUGUGACAGUCCCAAAGAGAAUGUGGAGCUGAUCCUUCAGGGAUUAGACAGUCGCCAUAACAGUGAGAGCCAGGACAAUGACCAGCCAGAUUACGACAGUGUGGCAUCAGAUGAAGAUCCAGUACAAGAGGCCACUUGUGGGGACAGCUGCAAUGAUGGAAGGACCAAGAGCUCGGAGUCAUCUGACCUCUCUGAUGGACCAAUCACAGUGCAGGAAUUUAUGGAGGUGAAGAGCGCCCUCACUGCAUCAGAAGCCAAAAUACAACAGCUGCUCAAAGUCAACUGUCACCUUAGUGAAGAGCUGCGGUUGAUGCAGAGCAAGCUGAACUCCCUGCAGACUGAAAACACAACCCUGCGAUGGCAGACCCCCAGCGGACAGCAACACCCCCAGGGGUCUUUUGGUCGACACCCACCCCGCGGAGGUCGUGCUAUGUCCAUGUAUGAGACAGGUUCUACUUCGAAGCAGUGCCCCCACCGAUCUGGAUCAGCCCGUCAUGAGGAUGGAGUAAUUUUACAGCCCUUCCCAACCAAUAUUGGGAGGGGUCCUUUGGGGACGGCUGCUUCCUCCCUCCCUACCUUCCCCUCUUCCCUGUCCUGGUCGUGGGACGAGAGAUCUCGAAGGGGCUGUAGUUUGGAAGGACGGAGUACCAUGCUAGAGAAUGACUGUGACACUACGCCCAACCACUCUGAACUGGAGGAGACAGGCAGCCCUCCUCCAGCCUCUGAUGCUGUGGAACCAGAGGAGGAGUGUGAGGAAGAUGCCACCCUGCCAUGCACAGAGGACGUCAUCUGUAAGACAGAGCAGAUCACUAAGAACAUACAGGAGCUUCUGAGAGCUGCCCAGGAGACCAAACACGAAAGCUUUCUGCCUUGCUCUGAAAAGAUCCGCAUGGCUGUGACAGAGAUGGCCACCCUGUUUCCCAAGAGGCCGACCUCUGAGACUGUGCGAGGGUCUCUGUGCCUGCUCACUUCGAGUGCCAGCCGGCUGCAUGGGGAGUGCCAGAAGGCUGCAGAUCAAAACCCCUGCCCAUCGGACAUCCAGCUGGUCACUCAGCAGUACUCUAGUGGACAUCAGAGGUCAUCGGUUGUGUUCCUUGAGUCUUGUUUCUGGCAUGGCUGAGCUGCCAGAGAGGACCAAAAUCUGCAAGACACUUGGCAUCAAGGAUCAGAAUAGAUGAACCUUAAUCUACUCCAGUGACAUUGGUUUAUUUUCCUUUAGCCAUUUUAAAUGUUUUGUUUUUAAGAUGCAAUUACAGUGUUUAAAUCUUGAAUCAUGGUGAUGCCACUUGCUAAGCGUUCAAAUGUUUGUUGAGUAAGCAAACUGUGAUAAUUAAAAAAUAGCUUCAGUUCAUUGAGGACCAUGUAAGGUCAGCAGUACCAAGAGUGUGCAAACUUUCAUUCCAUCCAGUCCCUUUGCGUUGGUUGGAGAUGUGUUUAUAAGUAAGGUUUCAGUAGUUUUUGGAAUUCUGUUACAGCCAUACUUCUGAUGUGUGUGUGUGUGUCUGUGUGUGUGUCUGUGUGUCUGUAUGGGUGCAUUUGUCACAGAGAUGGCCUCGAUGGCCUGUGUGAGAUCCAUUAUGAAUCAAUUUUAAUAGCAUUAUGCAAAUAUAUAAGAUGUAUGUAUCCAUGUAAUUCUUUAUCAAAAUAAUCCAAAUGCUAUUCUAUUUAUAAACUGUAUGUCAUACCUCUAAGAAAAUAUCAGUGUUUAUUUUCAUAAGCUUUCAUUUAACAUUAUGCUCCUCACAGGCUAACUUUUGUUCUGAGGUUUGGGACGUCUCAGCUGGCAGUUAGUUAUAGGCAACUUGUGAUCUCUGUUUGUUUGGUGUGGUGCUGUAACUCCAGUGUGUUAGAUGCUGCCUGUGGUCAAAUAUGUACCGCUAUGGUUUACAAUCAACGAUAAAGUAAAUGUGCCCUCUGCGUUAGAGUACCUGUUGUGGAACUUGGGUCUAAUGUGUCGCUCAUUGUUGUGAGCCAGAUAACUUUGAGCCAGGGGUGGAAAGAGAACUAGAAUACCAUACACAAGUGGAGUACAGUUAAUUCAGUAUUAUUCAAGUAGAAGUAAGAUUACCUGUGUUGGAAUGUAUCCAUUCAAAAGUAAAAAGUAUCUCUUUUGAAAACUAGUACGCAUCAGUUACUUACAUCUGGUCAGCAUUAAAGAGCAUUAAGGAGCCAGUGCAGCAUCAUUUCAAUAUGAAUUUGCAGACCCUUCCCUUAAGCAAUCCCUCUCAAAUUCAGUGAUGCGUUCCAAAGUGCAGAACAUCUCUUUAUAAGAAAAGCUUUCUCAGAAGGCUGCUUAUGGAGGAAAAAGAGGUUCAGAGCUUCUUGAUGACAGAUUAUUAUUUUAUUAAUGUCUUCAGUUCAUUUCAAAAGUUUAAGUGAGCCUUUUUUUUUUUCACAAUCUUUACUCGAGGUCCACUUAUUAGCUUUUUGUGAGCUUUCAGCUGCAUGUCACAGUCUAGGAAUUUGUCAUUGAGAUCAUUUUGUUGCAUUAUUUUCUUUUUUACCUUUUUUUCAGGUCACUUGUGUAAGUUUUU